AGAAUCUACAUCGACAGUUUCAUUCGUAAAUGGCGUUAACUGUGCCAGAAGAAUAUUCGAUAAAAUUUUGUAUGACGUUGACGAAAGAGAGAUACCUCGUAAGUUACUGCACUUUGCUUUGUAGAUAGGGAAAACAGUUGAUUUUUUCCACUAUUGAGGUUGUACUUCCUGGUUCAAAAUCGAGACUAUAAGCUUAUGUAUCUCUGAGUGCAGUGUCCCACCACCUGCAUGGAUCAGUUCCGCCAGAAUUGAAUGGAUACCUGGAGAUUUAUAACAUUUUAAUUUACCAAUUAAAAUUUCAACUUUAAUAAGGCAUAGUUCCGUGAUGAAGGGUUCUGCUGUAUGUACUUCGGGCUCUACGACGCCAUGCAAGUCCAUGAGCAUAUGUGUCCUAGGCUUGUACCCCUUCUCAAAUUAAUUUAUGCAUCUGUACAACUCUGGUGGUUUUAUUUUUGCUGUUAGUUUUAAACUCCCCUAGCUGAGCUUUGAUAUACUCCCUUUUCUUAUUCCUAAAAGCUCUGCUGGUUUCGUGCCUUACGCUGACAUACCUAUAACUAUUUAUUCGUGUACGGGCCUGCAGCCAUUGCAAUCUAACGUGCUUCCUCCGUUUUACCAAGAUAGAGCAUUCUUUGUCAAAACAUGCGUUAUUUCGCGAAAUUUGAAACCCUGCACUCUCCUAGGCUGAAAUUUUCAUGUUAUCCCGUAUAUUUUCCCAGGUCUUAUUGACGUCUACUUCCCUAUUCUCUGUAUUUUCAUCAACGUUUUCUAGGAUUGCAAAUCUGUUCGAAAUUUUUACCUGAUACUCGUGCGUAGCUUCUACAUAGCUCAGUUUUUUGACGUUGAAUUUCUCAUUUCUGUGUAUCUGCCCCGGCUGUUUUUCUGACCGAGAGUCUUCCCCUUAAUUUUGCUAUCGCUAAAUAAUGGUCCUCAGAAAGUGGUCACGACGGUCAAGCUGACCAUAGACGAUGAAAUAAAAAAUGGUCAGGGGUUCGAAUCUCACUCAAGCCGUGGAUAUUUGUUCGCGUUUUUCUGUGUUGAGCUAAAAGUAACGUACUGUUAAGUUAAUUUUAAGGAAGAUUGCCACUGGACAUGUAUUCCGCACGUUAUUAGACAAUGUCAGAAGAUUUACUGAAUGUCCAUGUAGGACAGAUUGUAAAUAAUCAGGGAUGUUAAAAAAAAUAAUAGUCACAUUCCGCACGCCUACAAGAUCACACGUCUAUGAAGAUUGACCAUCUCCUCCGAACGAUUAUAAUGUGAUGAAUUUGAUUAUGGGUCAUUCCAUCAAGGGAAGUGUACUUAUGGUUAACAAGAUGUUGGAAUGUUGUGCUUUUGUUCCGUAGUGUGUGCCAACCAAAUUAUCUGUCACAGACAAUUCUAACAUCUAUGGCGUGCGUCUUGUUUGUAGUUACGUUGGUGGCAAAACCACCUAUUUUAGCGAACACGAAAUGUGUUGCCGUUUUAGUAUACAUUGUUUUCUUAUCAUUUGUUCCUUUUUGGGGAGUUUUGCAACUUGACGUGUUAUAGAUUAUGUAUCCUUAACAGAAUUAAGGAUUCGCAUAUUUUGAAGAUUACACGCCGAAGUUUGAGGUUAUAUUUGUUUGAGAAACAUAGCGUAAAUGGAGGAAGCUGACAGUAAAUACCCACUUCUGCCAUCAGAACGCGAAGAUGUAUUAGAAGAUUGCAAUUUGUGGACAAGGACCGAGAAGCGAAAAUGGCUUUGCACUCUCUUCAUUGGGACGUCAGCUUUAUAUGCCAGUAGAACCUCCGUCCCACUGUUAGUUCCUGCAAUUGCCUUGGAGAGAAAAUGGAGCAAGACGAACUCUGGCACCGUAUUGUCCAGUUUCUUUUGGGGAUAUACAUUAACACAAGUGAUUGGUGGCUACUUAAGCGAUAGAAUUGGUGGCCAUAAAGUUAUAUUGACUGCUGCCGUAGGGUGGUCUCUAUUUACGUUUUGCAUGCCAGAUAUUAUAAGGCUAUUUUCAGCUCAAGAAACUUCAGUAAAUUUUAUUGUAAUUAUGAGAAUUCUUCAUGGAGCAUUCCAAGGUGUUCAUUUUCCAAGUAUGAGCAGUUUGACGAGUCGACAUUUAGCCGAGAAAGAACGCACAUCAUUUUUUAGCAUACUGACCUCUGGUUCGGCUAUUGGAACGCUGUUCACUGGCACAUUUGGGUCAUAUCUGUUGGACUAUUACGGCUGGCCUGCCGUAUUUUAUGUUAUCGGUACCAUUGGAGUAGUUUGGACACUUGUUCUUCGCAAGAUUGCCUUAGCAUUAGAGAGGAGAAAAGCUGUAAUUAAUUCUGUUCCGUGUAAACUUCAUUCUUCGCUGCGUGUGAAAGAUAACAUACCUGUUCCUUGGAUCAGAUUAUUUCAAAGAUCGGAAUUCUGGUCAUGUGUCAUCGGGCACGCGUGUCAGAACAAUUGCUUCUUCCUCCUUUUAUCAUGGCUACCUACGUAUUUUCAUGACACCUUCCCUGAAGCAAAGGGCUGGGUGGUGAACAUGGUACCAUGGCUAUUUUGCAUUCCUAGUACAUUUCUAGGAAAGUGGUUGUCGGAAAAGCUUAUUGCGCAUGGACAUUCCAUAACGUAUACCAGGAAGGUAAUUGAAGUAAUUUGCUUAGGCUCACAAGCUUUGGGCCUUAUUUUAAUAGGCGCAGGAUCGGAGGGGGGGUUAAAUGUCUUGUCCGUGUUAGCACAUGGAUUACUGUUGUUUGAACCUCCAGCUGGAGAAGUGUUUUGGCUGUGGGUGUACUGCAGUUUCCCCAAGAUUUAGAGGUCAGACCAAAGACUACUACUGGGCUUUGAUAUGUAUGACUUUGUCAAUAUCAGCAACUGGCUUUCACAACAACGCUAUUAUAGUAAAUCCUCAAGAUCUUGCUCCGCAACACUCUGGAAGUGUUUUUGGG